AUGUCCGAGUUACGCGGUUCGCCGCCCAUGUCUAGAGUCGCUCUGGAGAACGGUUUCGGGGCUCCGCUGGCGGCGUUGAGCUCGCUGGCGGAAGCGCCUCCGCCGGCGCCAAAUCCUCACGGCAUCGACCACAUUCUGUCGCGGCCGACCGUCGGGUCUAAUGUGGGAGCCGGCUUACUAACUCCAAGAUUAUCUUUGGCGGCGGCGGCGGCUGGCAUGGCGCACUAUCUCCAACACAAACCAUUAUACUGGCCAGGCUUCCAGGGACUCGUGUCCAACCCGAUGGCGUGGAGAGAGAGGCUACAAACAAUGAGCAAUGGUGCGUUGAGCGCUUGCGCAGCGCAGGGCGGCAUGGACAAGGACGGCAAGAAGAAACACACGAGACCCACCUUCAGCGGACAACAGAUCUUCGCGCUCGAGAAGACCUUCGAGCAGACCAAGUACCUCGCUGGUCCAGAGAGGGCCAAACUGGCGUAUGCGCUUGGCAUGACGGAGUCGCAAGUCAAGGUAAUACUUAUAUUAAUGAAAUUAAAUGACGAAACUCUACCUUGA